AUGGAAAAGCAAGAAGGGUCGCCUAGUCAGGCAACGGGUAUAAUCUUCCCUACGAGUCAGCGAACUACUGUAGAUGACCCGUCUGGUCAAAGUCAGGAGCUUACUGCUGCAGGGGUUAAUGCGUUUCGUUUUCCCUCUACAUCGUCGCUGUUUCCAAGUGAACUGCUGCGAACGCUGGGCGUAUCGCAGCCAUAUUCUCCCAUUGCUGAGGAAACACCUCCUCCAGUAAACCUUCUUGAAUGGCUUGGCACGCGGGUAUUGGCACGGGUCUCCAGCGGUGGUUACCAACCGGGUUCGAUCAAGAAUGUUCACGAUAAUAAGGAUGUGGUUGUGCAGUUCGACGAUGGGCAAGAGUUAAGAUUUGAUGAUGUGAUGAGCGAGGCCAACUCUAAUCUCAUUAUCGCCGAUCAAGCUCCAAGCCCUUCCAUGAUAAAGAGCAAAACAAUGGUUUGCGUACGAUUACCAACGGAUCAGAACGUGUACCGCACUGGAGAGCUUAUCUCGAUCUCAAACACACCAACAAAAUAUCUGGUACGAGUGACGUCAUCGGAAUGCGACUCAAGCGUAUCGCGAGCAAACCUACGCCUACUUCGCCCUCCUUGGUACGAAGAGCUCAUGGCAGCACUGGAAUCAAGGCAUAGCGAUGCCGGAUCUAGCUCAACAACAACUCCACAAUCUGUGUUGGCGUCACCGUUGACAGCACCGUCAUCGAAUGGGAUUAUGCCAAAUCUCCCACUGUCACCAGAGAGUAUCAUCACAUUACUUGCCCUUAGGCAGCAGCACAUGCAACAACAGCUGCAAGCUCAUCAGAAUAGCCUUAACGAACAGCCGUCUGGUUCGAAGAAAUCAUCGGUUGUCGGCAGUGUCGACUCAGAUGAUGAUCAAGGCACUUCACAACAGCACGAGACCACGACUGCUACCGAUCUGGCUGGAUUUCGGAAACGUCAUCCUGCUUUUCCGCCGCGCCUAUUUGUACCACCUCAUGAAGCGGUGUCGUUCGAAGACGAUCCGUCUACAAGCGCACCAACGGCGCAUAUUUUUCCGCCCAUGAACACUCCACAGCGGUACAAGAAGGGCGAAAUUGUCACCAAUCCGGGCGGCAUUCGAAAGAAAUUUAAUGGCAAACAAUGGCGCCGACUUUGUUCAAAGGACGGUUGUAAUAAGGAAUCGCAACGACGCGGUUAUUGUUCACGGCAUUUGUCAUUGAAAAUCAAGCCAGGUCACGUUGAACACACAUCACCUACCAGCAGUACUGGUGGAACAAGCAUGGAUUGGUCUUCACAUGAAGGAGAGGAGCGACGAGAGGAUAGUGCUGAGGUAGCAUCGGCUAUCCUAAGAACAUCGAUUGGACCGCUACCCCGCGAUGCUCCAAUGACAAGUUCUAGCACGUCUCGCUUCACCGAUUCAUCGCAACCCCUAUUCGGUUCGAAGUUGGGUACUCCGGCGCCGACGGUACCAACCAGCAGGCCAACGACCAUCGGUGAUCAAUUAGCGGAGAUGGAUCGCGCAUCGCAAGCGCAAGCUCUGUUGAACCUCAGUCAACUACGGUUUGACUCGUUUCCACAAGUGCAUCAACUUCUUCCACUUAUGCCAACCGCAAGUGGCCGUCGUGGCGAUUUUGCCAUGUUGCCGGGCCCUUUUCCAUUCAACGCUGCUCUUCUGCACAAUUUCGCAGCGCCUUUAUUACAACAACAGCUUCUUCAGCAACAGAUUAGCGCGCAGCAGGCGAGUCUUAAUAACAACAACGUGAAACAGGAGGAGGAGGAAGAAGAGGACGAUGAAGAUGACAACGUGAGUGUUUGCCGAAAGAGUGACGCUUCCGACGACGAUGCGGAUCGAGACGACGAUCCGAAUGGAAAUGCAGGUUCGACGGCUGCCGGAAGGCCGCACAACGGGUCUAGUGCUAAUUAUCAAAUUAAUGGAAACGGUGAUGUGUGUGGUCCAAAUGAGACUACCUCCCAACAACAACAACAACAACAACAACAACAACAACAACAACAACAACAACAACAACAUCAUAGAACCUCCAGCAGCAGUACCCAACGAGGUGCAUUGACACAAUCUUCGAAGCAGACGUCACGUACUGCAAAGGUCGAGCAGAGUUGGAUAUCUGCGAAAGCGAUGGACGGCUCGCUGACGCCCCCACUUCAAGUCGGCCGUGAAACACCUGUCAGUGAUAUUAUGGGCGUCUACGUCAAGAGUGAAUUUGAAGGUGCAGGCGACGAUCAUAACGAGCAGCCUCCGUCUAUUGAAUGUGUAAAAGAGAAGAAUCACAAGAAGUCAAAAUCGGAAAAGAGCCGUGAGCACAUUCGACGACCGAUGAACGCAUUCAUGAUUUUCUCGAAGCGACAUCGUCCAGUGGUCCAUAGUAAGUAUCCGAAUCGCGAUAAUAGGACUGUCUCGAAAAUUCUCGGCGAAUGGUGGUAUGCAUUGGGUGCUGACGAGAAGCAGCAAUAUCACAAACUUGCGACACAGGUGAAAGAAGCUCACUUCAAGGCUCAUCCUGAUUGGAAAUGGUGUGCGAAGGAUAAGAAGGCAAGACCGGAUGAGGCUCACAUGGAAACGCCGAAGUCAGAAAAGUCAUUCGAGUUCGAUUUUAAAGCGUCCGAUGAGAUGGCUGCUGCGUGCAUGGAAGGCAGCGACAACGAUAUUUUCAGCCCUACUACACCAACGCUUCCUCGGCCAACACCUUUGCGUGGAGAUGGUAUCGAUAUAGGUCUUGAAUCACCAAUUAUGAGCCCUACAGUUGCUGGACUUCCCACUUUUGUCCCACCCAGCAUAAGCAUUCCAUCAUCACCGUUGGUGAGCUCAGCAUUCGACCUAAGCAUCCUUCAGAAAGCUGUCGGUGGACAGCUCCCACAGAUACGGCCACCAUCGCGAUUCCUUACACCACCUACGAUUGGAACCAUAUCACCGAUGCCAUCAGCUGCUGUCUCACCAAAUCUCUACAAUUUUUGUGUGCCGUCUCCGAGCGCAAACUUCCUGCAAGGACUAUGUUCUCCUGUUCUCAACGACUAUUCAUCACCGAUGACAGCCCCGCAACGAAUGUCGCCGAUGAGCCCGAUGUGGAUAAAGAGUGCUCCCGCACUUGUGAGUCCACGAUCAGGAGACUCAGCAUUCGCAUUCCCACAGCCAAAAUCCAACGCCGCAUCGGAUCAAACAUUGCCCAUCAUUCGUGAGAAGAGUGAAAUGACAGAUCUGAAGUCGAGCAACACUGCGAGAGGACAGAGAACCAGUCAGGAGCCGUUCGUUCUCAUGCCUACACCUGCUCAGCGAGGUGUGGCCAAAGGACAGAAGCGGGCUUUGAACAUGAGUGAAGUAGAAGAUGACACGGAUUCGUUGACUGAUCUUGGUCCAAGAAGCAGUGACAGUCGCCCCAACGCUCUCAAAAAAUUCUUCAAACGUUCUGACGAAACGAUGGACAGAGUGCUGGAUCAAGUUGAUUUUCAAAAUAAAUUCGCAAAGCUACCGGAAUUCGCUAUCGAUCAACUUAAGAACGGGAAACCUGGAAGUUUACCUUCCACACCGUCGAAACUGAUACGGAAUCUAAUGGAGAAAGUGCGCGAUUCUCCAGGGAACACGCCACUUGCUGCAAACACUUGUGCUGGUGUAUUUUUUGGCCCCACUUUCAACAACACGUCGCCUGACCUGAUGACCGCUGAGGAUAUUAUUCCGUGCAGUCCUCUUGACGAGAAAAGCGCUAGCAAAAGACUACUAGAACAACGUCGCUUUCUUGUAUGUCAGUUGCUAGAAACCGCUGGAUUGUUUCCAUCAUCCCAAGAAACGACUGCUUUUCAACUAAUGCAUAACAAAGUUUUCCCGAGUAAGCAGAGCCUCAUCCUAAAAAUUCGUGAAGUUCGCCAGAAAAUCAUGAAUGCAGUGAAACAUGUCGACUCCUCGGAGUCGAUGAAAGACAGCUGCUCGCGUAAUUCCAUCAAUGCAUUCGCACGCACAUGCAACGUAAGCGAGUCGUAG